AUGGCAACCCGAGUUGACCUGGCGUUACGGCAGGCUAUCCUGCUGAACGAUAUUGCCUUGGUCGAGCGGAUCCUGAGGAACAAUCCGACGUAUCUCCACAACCCAGACUACGCUGACAAGAGCAAUACCUCGUUGCAUCUCGCUGCUCAACAUGGUUUAGAAGAGAUCGCCGAGUUCCUGAUAUCGCUCGGUCACGAUUGCACUCGACCAGUUGAAGACUGGAUCUAUAGCAACACGCAUGACAAUCUCGGUAUCUCGAUCAACACAGAUGGGAGGACGCCUCUACACCUGGCCGCAGCUCAUUCACGAGCCGAACUGGUCGCACUGCUCUGCAGGGAGUUUCCGCAGACGGUAACCCGAAAAGACCGGAAAGGCCAGACUCCCCUUCACCUCGCUUCGUCCUCACAGAUCACGCCCAAGCCGAAUUUCAGGAACGUUGUCAGCAAUGGUUCUACACGACCGGCAGCCCAGUCGCCGGAAGACAAUACCACGAUCGAGACACUGCUGGCGCAUGGAGCGGAUGUGAACGCGAAAGACGAACAGGGAAACACCCCUCUCCACAAUGCCACUGCUUGGGGGAAUUUAAAGGCGGUGCGGGCCUUGAUCCAGGCGGGCGCGGAUCCGAUGCGUAAGAACAAGGCUGGGUGGACGCCGCAGUUUUACAGCAUUACUGUCCAGGCAGAGGUUUACUAUCGCAACCUGGUUGCGGAGUGGGAGAAGAGGCGAGCAGAGGACAAGAUCCGGGCAGACGAAAGAAGAGGGAAGGGAGGAGGUGCGGUGAGGUUGGUUCCCCAGGACGACGAAAGUGAUGGCGACCCAGAAGCAGGCAGGGUGUCGAGGACAGAAACCAGCCGAGACAGAAGCUCGACGAGAAGUCCACUGCCCGGUGCUGGUGGCCGCAAUUCAGCGAGUCAGAGUGAUGCAGGCUUGGGCAUUAGUGUUGGCGGCUACGUGGACGCCUGGAAAUGA